AUGACUAUAAAAAAUAAAAAGACUAAACAGUCGUCCGAAGCGACUUCGUCUAAGAGUGCGUCUAGUAGUAGUGUUCAGAAAAGCAGCACUUCAACUUCCGUGCAAAAGAGCAGCAGUAAUGUACAGAAGGUCAGCUCGUCUGGUAAGAAGGUUCGCUAUAUUGAAGUUAAAAUCGAGGAGGAUGACCCGCUUAUGAUUACUGAUAUUUCCGAUCAUGCUUCGAUUAGUGGUUCUACUGUAUCCGAACUUUACAAUAGCCAUCCUCACUACAUAAUUACCGAGGCUCCUUCUGUCUCCGACUUGUCGCAGACUAGAUCUCACGAACAUCAUGUCAGUGACAUGGCCCAGGCGACUACCGGCGAGUUUGUAUCUAGCUCUGUGCUUCAAGAGUCCUCUACAUCUCACCAACAGAGUUCUAAAAGUGAAACUUUUCAGUCUUCUUCUACAUCUGUUCAACACUUAGACUCGAGUCAAAGCAAAACUUUUGAUAGAACUAUGGACUCUAACGCUAGUAAUCAGACUCUUAAUACGGCAUUUAUUGAUAAUUCGGUAAAUAACACAGGCGCUAACAGAUUUCUAACAAGAUCCCAAGGAGCAAAUGCCACUAAUACUUUUAUUCAAUCCGAACGUCAGAAUUUAUUGAAUCAAUCUUCACAACACCAACAACAGCAAUCUAGUUCAUCGACAGCACAAGCUACGAACCAGGAUAUUACAACUUCGACUGUUUCUGAUAGUACGAAAAAUGUUAAUAUUCGCGAGAAUGAACGAAGAAAUAUUUCUGAUUCUUCUAAAAGAACUCAGACAACAGGAUCGGAUCGUUCUAAUUUUUAUGGUGGCGAAGGAAGCCUUGACAAGAAUGUCAAAUCAAAAGAGUAUAGUAGUACGUCACAUUCCAGUGAAACUAAAAGUAGCAGCGUGGCCAAAUCUUCAUCUUCUUCUUAUGUUGUUGAAAUUGUAGAUGGAAAAGAACGUAUUAUAGACAGCUCUAAACGAGAGUGGGGAGAUGCAAAAGAACACGCUAGUAAGGAAAAUUAUUCAAGCAUCAGUGGAACUGAUAUAAAGCCAGAAUCAGCGCAUAGUAUUCAGAAUUAUGACAUGAAAUCUAAAUAUGAUACCGGAAAAGACGGGAAAAAACCAAUAAAUGAAAUGACUGUGAGGGAAAAUUCUAAAUUUGUAAAAGAUGGAACUCAUGUGACAAGCCAUGACAGUGUUAUUUCACAUAAAGACAAUGCUAUUCAGCAACAGCAUAGUUCUAUACAAGAGGAAAUUACAUCGAAAGAUCAAUUACAAUCUAGUGAUCGUUUUCAAUCUAUUUCUUCCCAUAAUAUUAAUAAUAAACAGGAGGAUAGAAAUGUCUCCCAAAUGACUUCUCACGACAUAAAUAAUCAGCAAAUUGAUAGUAAUGUCGUUCAAAGUACUUCACAUAACAUAAAUGAUCGACAGAGUGAUAGAAAUGUGGUUAAAAGUAAUAUAACGGAAAGUAAUAAGACAAGUAAUGAGACAAUCAAGAGAAUAAAUCGUAAUAAAACUGAUUCUUCAAAUUUUUAUGGUUAUGAUUCAACAAUACAAAAUCAGCUUCGAAAAGUCGGUGAUAUUUUGCAAGUUCAAAACAUAGAUAAUCUUGAUUACUCUACUAAAAUCUUAAAGAGUAACACAAGUAGCGCUCAACAAGAAUCUACAUCGUCAUAUGUAAUGGAAAUUGUAGAUGGGAAGCAAAGAGUAGUCGAUAGCUCACACCGGGAAUGGGGAGAUAGUAAAGAACGAUCAACUUAUGAGAAAAGCCAUCAAAUUCAAGGUACUGGAAUUAAGCCAGAGCAUGAGUAUUCACGUCAUGUUUUAGAUAAGGAGGCGUAUUAUGAUACUGGAAAAGAUGGAAUCCCUAAAAGCGGAACAUACGUUACAGAAGAGUCUGCUUUGUAUAAAAAUGGGAAGGAAAUUGCAUCAACAAGUAACACAUAUGGUGGUGACUUCCGGAAGAAACCAGCUAUCACAGAACAUGUAACUGAUAGAGAUGAUGUCACACGGAAGAAUAUUACAUCAAGUGACAAAAAUAUUUACACUGAUACUUAUGAAACUACGAGUGAUACUCAGUCUCAUGUCCAAGAUUCUAAAGAUGUUACACAUACUACUGAUUUUAUAACUACGGAGAAGCAAAAUUUAACAAAAGAGACUACAUCAAAAUCGACAUCUCAGACUAAAGAUACUUUAACAAGUUACGAAAGGAGUACUGGCACAUGGAAUGGCAAAUUUGUUUAUGAAACUGAUGAUAAUAAACCAAAACGUCCAAAAGAGAUGUCUCCAUUUGGCAAACCGGAGCCCAGGCAUCACCUGAAAAGACAAGACACUGAAGAAAACAUUAUUUUAUCUUCAAGAGACAUAAAAGACUUCACAUCCAUCAGUGAUCUACGAAAAAUAAUUGAAAGUUCUCGUUACAAUAAGGACGUCACAGUUAGCAACAAAAAUAUAGUCAUCAAGAGAAAUAUAGAUGACAAAGUAUUAAAGGAAAUAAUUGACACAGUGAAAAAGUAUCCUUUUAAGAGAAUUGAUAAGGUCACUUUUGGUACUAAAAUUAAUGAAGAUGUCAAGGACUUGUAUGAAGGUAUUGAUACUGAACAAACAACAGUUUUACGCACUACCACCGGCGAUACGGUCAAAAAGACAUUUGAGGUAGAUAAAACAAGGAGUCAAAUCGAAGUGACUCGAUACAUUACUGAAAAUGGCAUCACUAGGAAAGAAACUACCUAUGAAGAUGCGAAAGAGGACGAGAAGAUAAAAACGGAUGUUUUUGUCGAUAAUAGCGCGUUAGACAUCAAAAACUUGAAGGAUGUCCGCACAACGAAAGAUAUACGCGAAUACGACGUGGUCGAUCGGGCGAUUACCGACACCACGAGAGAGGAUACCGUCAUCAGCACCAUCUAUGAUGAAACUAUCAUAGAUGACAGGAAGACUGUGCGAGAUGACAGGACCGUUGUCGAGGAGAAAAUCUACAUAGACGUAACCAGGCCAAGACAGGGUGGGCCCAAGAAACCAGAGAAAAUCAUUGACAAGGAACAGUGCAUCUGUGAAAUCUGUACUUGUGGGCGUCACCGCUGCCCACACAACGAUGUCCCGGAGCCAUUGUUCGAUGUGGAGCACACUACGAGCGUGGUUUCCGCGUACAAACAAGAUUAUGACGAAAAACAUGUCAGUCGCACAACAGCUGUUUAUCAAGAAGAUCAUUUGAGACUUGAGGGUGAUUUCCAAGAACCAGAGCGUCCUCGGUGGCAACCUGUUGAACGACCCAAGCCUUCGAAGCCUGAAGACAAUCUCAAGCCUGAAGGUGAUUUUGAAAAGAGACGCCCUGAAGAAUGGCGUCCGGGCGAAAGAGCUCCUGUUCGAAAGCCGGAAGACAAUCUUAAGCCUGAGGGAGACUUCGAAAAGCGAAGACCAGAGGAGUGGCGCCCUGGCGACCGGGCACCUACUCGUCGCCCUGAAGAUAAUCUUAAGCCCGAAGGUGAAUUUGCUACUCCAGAAAAAGAGCCCUGGCGUCCAGCAGAACGUCAGAAGCCUCAUAAACCUGAAGAUAAUUUAAGACCUGAAGGGGAGUUUGAAAGACGCACACCUGAGGAAUGGCGGCCUGGAGAUAGAGCACCUGUAAGGCGUCCACAAGACAAUUUAAAACCAGAGGGUGAUUUUGAAGACAGGAGGCCUGAAGAUUGGAGACCAGGCGAUCGAGCCCCGGUAAGACGGCCAGUAGAUAAUUUAAAACCGGAAGGAGAUUUCGAGAAACGACGACCACAAGAGUGGCAACCUGGUGAUAGAGCACCCACUCGUCGUCCUGAGGAUAAUCUUAGACCUGAAGGAGAAUUUACAAGUCCUGAAAAAGAACCUUGGCGUCCAGCUGAAAGGCAGAAACCAAAAAGGCCAGAAGACAAUUUGCGUCCAGAAGGUGAUUUUGUAAAACGCAAACCUGAUCAAUGGCGUCCCGGAGAUAGAGCAACUGUUCGUAAGCCUGAAGAUAAUUUAAAACCAGAGGGUGACUUUGAGGGUAGGCGACCAGAAGAAUGGAGACCUGGUGAUCGAGCUCCAGUAAAACGUCCAGAAGAUAAUUUAAAACCAGAAGGGGAAUUUUCUACCCCUGAAAAACAACCCUGGCGCCCUGCUGAACGGCAAAAGCCAACAAAACCAGAAGACAAUUUGCACCCUGAAGGAGAAUUUGAAAAACGAAAACCAGAAGAAUGGCGCCCUGGUGAUAGAGCACCUGUAAAGCGCCCACAGGAUAAUUUAAAACCAGAGGGUGAUUUUGAAGACAGGAGGCCGGAAGAAUGGAGACCAGGCGACCGAGCUCCAAUUAAACGGCCAGAAGAUAAUUUAAAACCGGAAGGAGAUUUUGAGAAACGCCGUCCUCAAGAGUGGCAACCUGGUGAUAGAGCACCUACUCGUCGGCCUGUGGACAAUCUUAGGCCAGAAGGAGAAUUUACAAGUCCUGAAAAAGAACCUUGGCGUCCAGCUGAACGACCAAAACAGAAGAAGCCAGAAGACAAUUUGAAACCAGAGGGUGAAUUUGAAGGAAGAAAACCACAAAAAUGGCAACCUGGUGAAAGAGAACCAGUAAGACGUCCAGAGGAUAAUCUUAAACCUGAGGGUGAAUUUACUACUCCUGAAAAGGAGGACUGGAAACCUGCCGAAAGACCUCAGCAAAAAAGACCGCAAGAUAAUUUAAAACCCGAAGGAGAGUUCACAACAUCAAGGACCACAACUGAAGAUUACAAAGUAGUUACAGGAGAAAGAGCUGAUAUUGUGCGACGUACGGAUAAUAUCAUAACAGAAGGAGAAUUUAUAGAUACAACCACCACACGUUCUGCGUAUACAAUAAAACCAGUUGAAAGGCCAAAACCAGUUCGACGUAAUACUUGGACUAAAAUUGAAGGAGAUAUGAUAACGGAAACGACAUCCCAAUCGGAAUAUAUAGAUUAUACAGAUACAGUUGAACGAACUACAUUAAUAACACGAAAAACAGAUAAUCUAAUACGUGAAGGUGAAAUAGAUUUUAUUACUUCAAAUCAAAAAGAUUUUACAGAGAAAAGUUCAAUUGUUGAACGUCCUCAGCGACGCAGAACAUGGACAAAAGAAGAUUUUGAUAAAUUUUACUCUUCUGAAGAUGUUGAAACAAUUACGACAACACAGGAAGAAUAUAGAACUUACGAAGAUGAUCGGCCGAAACGGCCAAAGCAAAAGAAGCCUGAAGAUAAUUUGCGACCUGAAGGUGAAUUUACAACGCCAGAAAAAGAAAAAUGGCGUCCAGCUGAACGACCUGUUCAAAAGAAACCAAAGGAUAAUCUGAAACCGGAAGGCGAAUUUGAACAAUACACACCUGACGAAUGGCGCCCUGCUGAAAAGCAAAUUCCCAAAAAGCCAAGAGAUAAUUUAAAACCUGAAGGUGACUUUGAAAGUCCUGUAAAAGAAGAGUGGAGACCUGCAGAUCGUCCAAAGGCUAAAAAACCUGAAGAUAAUCUUAAACCAGAAGGUGAAUUUGAGACACCCAUUCAUGAAGAAUGGCGGCCUGCCGAGCGCCGGAAACAAACGAAGCCUGAGGAUAACCUGCGUCCAGAAGGUGAAUUUACAACACCUGAAAAAGAAAAAUGGCGCCCAGCAGAAAGACCUGUUCAAAAGAAACCCAAAGACAAUCUUAAACCAGAAGGGGAGUUUGACCAACACAGACCUGACGAAUGGCGUCCUGCUGAAAGACAAACUCCUAAAAAACCGAAAGAUAAUUUAAAACCUGAAGGUGAUUUUGAGAGUCCUGUAAAAGAAGAGUGGAGACCUGCAGAUCGUCCAAAAGCUAAAAAACCUGAAGAUAAUCUUAAACCAGAAGGUGAAUUUGAAACACCGAAACAUGAAGAAUGGCGUCCUGCAGAACGUCCAAAACAAAGGAAGCCUGAAGAUAAUUUGCGGCCGGAAGGUGAAUUUUCAAUGCCAGAAAAAGAAAAGUGGCGUCCAGCUGAACGACCUGUUCAAAGGAAACCUAAGGAUAAUCUUAAACCUGAAGGCGAAUUUGAACAAUACACACCUGACGAAUGGCGCCCGGCUGAAAAGCAAACUCCCAAAAAGCCCAAAGAUAAUUUAAAACCUGAAGGUGAAUUCGAAAGUCCAUUAAAAGAAGAGUGGCAACCCGCAGAUCGUCCAAAGGCUAAAAAACCUGAAGAUAAUCUUAAACCAGAAGGUGAAUUUGAGACACCAAUUCAUGAAGAAUGGCGGCCUGCAGAACGCAGGAAACAAACGAAGCCUGAGGAUAAUCUGCGUCCAGAAGGUGAAUUUACAACACCUGAUAAAGAAAAAUGGCGCCCAGCAGAAAGACCUGUUCAAAAGAAACCUAAGGACAACCUUAAACCAGAAGGGGAGUUUGAACAACACAGACCUGACGAAUGGCGUCCUGCUGAAAGGCAAACUCCUAAAAAACCGAAAGAUAAUUUAAAACCUGAAGGUGAUUUUGAGAGUCCUGUAAAAGAAGAGUGGAGACCUGCAGAUCGUCCAAAGGCUAAAAAACCUGAAGAUAAUCUUAAACCAGAAGGUGAAUUUGAGACACCAAUUCAUGAAGAAUGGCGGCCUGCAGAACGCAGGAAACAAACGAAGCCUGAGGAUAAUCUGCGUCCAGAAGGUGAAUUUACAACACCUGACAAAGAAAAAUGGCGCCCAGCAGAAAGACCUGUUCAAAAGAAACCUAAGGACAACCUUAAACCAGAAGGGGAGUUUGAACAACACAGACCUGACGAAUGGCGUCCUGCUGAAAGGCAAACUCCUAAAAAACCGAAAGAUAAUUUAAAACCUGAAGGUGAUUUUGAGAGUCCUGUAAAACAAGAGUGGAGACCUGUAGAUCGUCCAAAGGCUAAAAAGCCUGAAGAUAAUCUCAAACCAGAAGGUGAAUUUGAAACACCGAAACACGAAGAAUGGCGUCCUGCAGAACGACCUGUUCAAAGGAAACCUAAGGAUAAUCUUAAACCGGAAGGCGAAUUUGAACAAUACACACCGGACGAAUGGCGCCCUGCUGAAAAGCAAACUCCCAAAAAGCCUAAAGAUAAUUUAAAACCUGAAGGUGAAUUCGAAAGUCCAUUAAAAGAAGAGUGGCGACCUGCAGAUCGUCCAAAGGCUAAAAAACCUGAAGAUAAUCUGAAACCAGAAGGUGAAUUUGAGACACCAAUUCAUGAAGAAUGGCGGCCUGCAGAACGUCGUAAACAAACAAAGCCGGAGGAUAAUUUGCGUCCAGAAGGUGAAUUUACAACACCUGACAAAGAAAAAUGGCGCCCAGCAGAAAGACCUGUUCAAAAGAAACCUAAGGACAACCUUAAACCAGAAGGGGAGUUUGAACAACACAGACCUGACGAAUGGCGUCCAGCUGAAAGACCUAAACCUAAAAAACCUCAUGAUAAUUUACGACCAGAAGGAGAAUUUGAACAAAGAAAACCUGAAGAGUGGCAUCCAGCAGAACGUCCUAUUCAAAGAAAGCCAAAGGACAAUCUUAAACCUGAAGGAGAUUUUGAACAAACAAAACCUGAAGAAUGGCGUCCUGCUGACAGACAAACGCCUAAAAAGCCUAAAGAUAAUCUUAAGCCGGAAGGGGACUUUGAAGCACCAAAACACGAAGAAUGGCGUCCCGCGGAAAGACCUAAGCAAAUAAAACCAGAGGAUAACCUACGUCCUGAAGGUGAAUUUGAGAAAAGAAAACCUGAUGAAUGGCGUCCGGGUGACCGAGCUCCUGUACGUCGGCCUCAUGAUAAUUUAAAACCGGAGGGCGAAUUUACGACCCCUGAAAAAGAACAGUGGCGCCCAGCUGAGCGUCCAAGGCAAAAGAAACCUGAAGACAACCUCAAACCUGAGGGUGAUUUUGAGCAACCUAAAUAUCAAGAAUGGCGUCCCGCUGAACGGCCUAAGCCUAAAAAACCUCAUGAUAAUUUACGUCCAGAAGGAGAAUUUGAAAAACGUCAACCAGAAGAAUGGCGUCCUGGCGAUAGAGCUCCCGUUCAUCGUCCAGACGACAACCUACGUCCCGAAGGUGAGUUUACAACACCUGAAAAAACUAAAUGGCAGCCUGCAGAAAGACCAAGUCAAAAGAAACCAAAAGACAACCUUAAGCCUGAAGGAGAAUUCGAGCAACCAAAAUCUGACGAAUGGCGUCCAGCUGAAAGGCAAAAACCGAAAAGGCCUCAAGACAAUUUAAAACCAGAAGGUGAUUUUGAAACACCCAAGAGAGAAAAAUGGCAACCUGCAGAGAAACCUGAAAUUAAGAAGCCUAUUGAUAAUCUUAAGCCGGAAGGAGAGUUUGAAAAACCUAAACAAGACGAAUGGCGACCAGCUGAACGACAAACACCCAAAAAGCCACAAGACAAUCUGAAACCGGAGGGUCGCUUUGAGACGCCUAGACAUGAUGAAUGGCGGCCAGCCGAAAAACCUGAGGUUAAAAAGCCAAAAGACAAUUUAAAACCUGAAGGUGAAUUUGAAAAACCAAAACAUGAGGAAUGGAAACCAGCUGAAAGACAGACUCCUAAAAAACCACAAGAUAAUUUAAAACCCGAAGGAGAAAUGGAAGUCAUUCGAAGAACAGAUUACUCCGUUACGAAAGGUGACAGAGCUGAUGUUGUUAAGCAUGAAGAUCAUCUAAAAAUGGAAGGAACUAUUAAUGUUCAUCGCUCAAGAGAUGACUACAAACGUAUUGAUAAAACUGAAAGGGUAAUAAUACAAAAACAUGAAGAUAAUUUAAGAACAGAAGGUGAAUUUAUUGAUUUACAUAUUCGUAAUGACUACGGUGCUACAAAAGGUGAAAGGGCACCAGUACUAAAGCCACAAGAUAAUUUGAAGCCUGAUGGUAAAUUUUAUAAGCCAGAAGUAGUCCCAUCUCAACCAGCAGAAAAACGUAAACCUAUUAGGCAAGUUGACAAUAUCACAAUCGAAAGGGAUAUUGACGUACGUAAACAAAAAGUCGAUAGGGUUGACAUAAUCAGAAGAGAAGAUAAUUUGAAGAUAGAAGGUGAAUUUAUCGAUAUGAAACAAAGAAAUGAUUAUAAUGUAGUUACUGGUGAUAGAACUACUAUUGUAAAACACGAAGAUAACCUUAAAAUGGAAGGUAAAAUGGAGAAUAUUCGCUCCUCUGACACUUAUCGCGUUGUGAAAGGUCAAAGAGUUAAGUUAACUCGUAGAGAAGAUAAUCUUAAAAUUGAAGGUGUUUUUGAAGAUCAUACUCGCAGAGAUGACUAUAAAAUAAAGAAGGAUGUUAAAUCAGCAAUUACGUAUAAACCUGAAGAUGAUACAUCGAAAGACACUACGGACCAGGUUGUUAAUGGUAAAACUACCACAUAUAAAACCCAUGAAAAGACUAAUGUUGAUGACAGGACAUCGGUUUCUAGGCAUUAUACUACUAAAAUUACUGAAGAUGAUUCAAGUUACUAUACAACAAAAAACACUACAGAAGUUACAAAGAAAACUCAUGGACGUUACCCACAACAUAUUACGCCAAAAGGUUAUCCUACAGAAGAGAUUGACCAAUAUUCGAGACCAAUAUUGGAGAAACCUGAAGACAGAUUCAAUGACUAUCCAAAGGAUAAUCAGGAUAAUAGAUCUGAGGAAUCGCCUAGAUAUAAGCCAAUAGAAAAACAUGGAGAUCAACCAGGACCAACACAUAAGCCAUCAGGAAAAUUCGGGUAUAGGCCGGGAGAAAGGCCACAGGAUAGACCAGGACAGAAGCCAGAAGAUAAACCAGGAGAGAGGCAUGGUAAUAAACCAGCGGAUACACCAGAGGAGAGGCCAGGAGGGAGAACAGGAAACAAGCCGUGGGAGAGACCAGGUGAUACGCCAGUACAAAGAUUAGACGAUGACUCAUGGCCAAGAGAUAAAUCGGGAUAUAGGCCAGGAGAUAAACCAGACGGAAGGGACAGACCUAGCGAUAAAUUCGAAGAAAGACCAGCACAAAUCCGUCCGGAAGACAAUUUAAAGCCCGAAGGCGAAUUUGAUCGGCCUAAAAGACCACAAUGGCAGUCACAUGAGCGUGCUAGCCCUAUUCGUCCUAAAGAUAAUCUUUACCCUGAAGGAAGUAAUGAACCUUAUCCAUCAUCCCUCAGUAAGUCUGAUUAUUUACAAACAAAAGAGUUUUCACAUACACUUGUAGAAGAUCGAAAAACAUCUCAUCUUAGUCCCGAAGAAAGUAAGCGAAUUCGAGAAACAGAUCGUUUAACUGACGACAACAAGUAUCAUUCUGUUACACGUACUGAUAGUUCUAAAUCUUCAGACGUAACACAUAAACAUUCUGAUCGCGAUGUUAAAUCCUACAUUACAAAAACUAUAUCUGACACACACCAUGACAGCACCGUGCAAAAAUCUCAUUCAGAGACGACACAUACAAAAGUAAUAGGAGUUGAGAAUAAGAUUUCGGAAAAGUCUCAGAAAAUCACGUCUGGAGUUCAUGAUACUCGAUCAAGUGGAGUACGGGGUGAAUCACAAAAUAAAUCCUCUAUAAUUUCCUCCAAAAAUAUAAGCCGUGCUUCAUCGCAAGAUACGAUUGAUAGUGAUAUCACAGAUCGUACAUAUAAAAGACAUACUACAGAAAAUAAUGUUAUUAAUAAAAGCGAUUCUAAAAAUAUUCAGCAUUUGCCUACUACUAACAAAAUAGUAAAACAAAUUACUGAAAAGAAAUUAAUUGCUGGAAAAUGGGUAAACGUGACUAGAAACGUCGAAGUUACACUCAGUUCUGACAAGGCGGGAAGUACGAACUUUAAGAAUAUUCAUGACGGACGUACAAGCGCAGAUAACAAGCAAACUAGAAGUACUGUCGGUAAUAUUGUAUCUCAAGACCAAGUGAACGUCAAUAAUGACAAUAAAGUACAGCAAAGCUCUACUCAUACUUCUUAUGUUGUUAAAGGGCAAAGUAAUCUUAAUCAAUCAACCAACCACCUAGUCUCUGAAAAACAUUUAACUAAAGAAACUGGCCAUGUAUCCUCACAAAAAAUAAUAAAUUCAGAACAACACUUAUCAUCUUUAAAUCAAGCAGAACAUUCUCAACAGCACAGUCAUGUGUCCUCCGAUGUUCGUUCUCAUCAGAGUACACAUAAUGCAACUCAUGGAGUAAGUCGAGUCGAACAGAAUACAUUUGUAUCUACUCAAGCCAAUAAUAGACAAACGCAAAGACAAAUCACUGGCGAUCAUAUUCAUAGAAAACAAGUGAUUACGGAAUCGCCUAUUCAACCAAUUCGAGAAACAGAUCGUUUAACUGACGACAGCAAAUAUCAUUCUGAUACACGUACUGAUAGUUCUAAAUCUUCAGACGUAACACAUAAACAUUCUGAUCGUGAUGUUAAAUCCUACAUUACAAAAACUAUAUCUGACACACACCAUGACAGCACCGUGCAAAAAUCUCAUUCAGAGACGACACAUACAAAAGUAAUAGGAACUGAGAAUAAGAUUUCGGAAAAGUCUCAGAAAAUCACGUCUGGAGUUCAUGAUACCCGAUCAAGUGGAGUACGGGGUGAUUCACAAAAUAAAUCCUCUAUAAUUUCCUCCAAAAAUAUAAACCGUGCUUCAUCGCAAGAUACGAUUGAUAGUGAUAUCACAGAUCGCUCAUAUAAAAGACAUUCUACAGAAAAUAAUGUUAUUAAUAAAAGCGAUUCUAAAAAUAUUCAGCAUUUGCCUACUACUAACAAAAUAGUAAAACAAAUUACUGAAAAGAAAUUAAUUGGUGGAAAUUGGGUAAACGUGACUAGAAACGUCGAAGUUACAGUUAGUUCCGAGAAGUCAGGAGGUACGAACUUUAAGAAUAUCACUGAUGGACGUACAAGCGUAGAUAACAAGCAAACUAGAAGUACUGUCGGUAAUAUUGUAUCUGAAAAUCAAGUGAACGUGAUUAAUGACAAUAAAGUACAAAGCUCUACUCAUACUUCUUAUGUUGUUAAAGGGCGAAGUAAUGAUUUCAACCAAUCAACUAAUCUGAUUACGGAAUCGCCUAUUCAACAUAUAACAUCUCAAAGUGUAGAUGAUCAACAUAAUCGUAAUACACAAUCUAGUGAGCGUCACGUGCAACAUUCCAUGGGAUCAACAACGAAUGUAUCUAAAGCAAGCCAUGUUGAACAAAAUAUAUCUAAGGUGUCUUCUGUCCAUCAAUCACACAGUAUAAACCGAAAUCAAUUAAGUGAUAGUGUGACCAAGACAAGUAUAGAAUUCCAAAGAGCCAUGCACGGCGGAGGUGAUGUUCCAAUUUCAUCAGCAGAACAGGCCACACGUAGUGGACACCACAAGCGUACAUCAGAUCUAAUAUCUGACAUGUCUAGCACCAAUGCAGUGCUCCACAGGAAAGGCGUGUCUUCGACAACAGAGGCCCAACACUCUAUCAGUUCUACUGCAGCUGCACAACGUAAGAGCAUAACGAACCUUAAUGAGCGCGGAGAGUAUAUAAGUAAUUCAUCACAUAGCGCUGAUAGAAAAAGUAUAAGCUCCAUGCAUCGAUCUGGGCGUGAUCAUUCAUCUGUGAUUUCACAACAUACUGAAAAUACUGAUAUUCGACGUCAGCAAAAGCGUGAUGGUCAGUCUACUAUGGUUAUAGACCGACAACCUCGUGUCGUUGUUCGAGAUAAUCUUCGGGUUGGUGGUGAGUUUUAUGGACAAUCUGAGGCUCGCUCGUAUGGUAAUUUUUCAAGAUCUAAUCAUAUAGAAAAAUCUGACAGAAAUGAACGUGUGGAAAAAACUGAACGUCAUGUUAGACACGGUACUACAUCGCACUUCGUUUUAGGAGACGGUGGCACAAGCUAUAAACGCGAAUAUACGGCUCACGUCCACGGAACUUGUCCGGCUACGUUGAUUGAAUCUCCGCGUACGCCGUUUAAGCACACUCGAGAUUCUCGUGAGCACAAGUUUUAUACUGCAAAAAUGAACCAACAGAAAUCU